AUGGGACAGGAUGCUUUCAUGGAGCCCUUCAGCAGCAAGGUUGGCAGCGUUCAGUGCAAAAUAUUCCUCCUUCUCUUAGCAGGUGCUUGCUCAGGACUGAAGGUGACGGUGCCAUCACACACAGUCCAUGGCAUCAGGGGUCAGGCCCUCUACCUACCUGUGCACUAUGGCUUCCACACUCCAGCCUCUGGCAUCCAGAUCAUUUGGCUGUUCGAGAGACCCCACACGAUGCCCAAAUACUUACUGGGCUCUGUGAAUAGAUCUGUGGUUCCCGACCUGGAAUACCAGCACAAGUUCACCAUGAUGCCACCCAAUGCGUCUCUGCUCAUCAACCCACUGCAGUUCACGGAUGAAGGCAAUUACAUCGUGAAGGUCAACAUCCAGGGAAACGGAACUCUGUCUGCUAGUCAGAAGAUACAAGUCACUGUUGAUGAUCUCAUCGCAAAGCCAGUGGUGCAGAUUCACCCUUCCUCUGGGGCCGUGGAGUAUGUGGGCAACGUGACCCUGACAUGCCAGGUGGCAGCUGGCACUCGCCUGGCUUACCACUGGCUGAAAAAUGGGAAACCCAUGCGCACCAGCGCCACCUACUCCUUUUCUCUCCAAAACAACACCUUUCAUAUUGCUCCAGUGACCAAGGAAGACAUCGGGAAUUACAGUUGCCUGGUGGAGAAUCCCGUCAGUGAGAUGGAAAGUGACACCGUUACACCCACCAUAUACUAUGGACCUUACGGACUUCAAGUUAAUUCUGAUAAAGGGCUAAAAGUGGGAGAAGUGUUUACUGUUGACCUGGGAGAAGCCAUCCUAUUCGAUUGCUCUGCUGACUCCUAUCCCCCCAACACCUACUCCUGGAUCGGGAUGACUGACAACACAACGUAUUUUAUUAAGCAUGGGCCUCGCCUAGAAGUCGCAUCUGAGAAAGUAGCCCAGAAGACCACUGACUAUGUUUGCUGUGCUUACAACAAUAUAACUGGGAGGCAAGACGAAACUCAUUUCACAGUUAUCAUCACUUCCAUGGGACUGGAGAGGUUUGCACAGAAAGAGAAAUCGUUGUCCCCAUUAGCAAGUAUAACUGGGAUCUCACUAUUUCUGAUUAUAUCCAUGUGUCUUCUUUUUCUAUGGAAAAAAUAUCAACCCCACAAAGUUAUAAAACAGAAGCUAGAAAGCAGGCCAGAAACGGAAUAUAAGAAAGCUCAAACAUUUUCAGGCCAUGAAGAUGCGCUGGACGACUUCGGGAUAUAUGAGUUUGUUGCCUUUCCGGAUGCCUCUGGUGUUCCCCGGAUGCCAAGUAGGUCUGUCCGAGGCUCUGAGGGCGUAUCAGGGCAAGACUUGCACAGCACCAUUUAUGAAGUUAUUCAGCACAUCCCUGCCCAACAGCCAGAUCACCCUGAGUAA